AUGGGAUUGAAACAUCAAGCUUGCAAAAGCUCUUCUUCUUCUAACUUCAUACCCAUUAGAUUCUCAACUAUUCUCACUUUGAUUCUGCUAUUUACUUCAUUGUUCCUCUUCCUUUCGUCACUUAAGAACACCCAAGACUCAUUCUAUGGGGGAGAUGAGAAUACCCAAUUCAAUGGUGAUCUUAGAGAUGCUAAAUUCCCUUGGAACAAACUCUGUUUUGGUCCCACAUUCGAAAAGCUCAAGCUAGCAGUCUUCUCCAAAACAUGGCCAGUUGGUGCAGACCCGGGUGGCAUGGAGCGCCACGCUUCCACAUUGUAUCAAGCACUUGCUGCAAGGGGUCAUGAGAUUCAUGUCUUCACUGUGCCUUCAGAUAGGAGGCCUCAUUGGGACAUACAUGAAGGUAACCUUCAUGUUUACUUUGCAGCAAAUGAUCAUGGCUCUGUUAAUUGUUCUCUAGCAUUUGAAAUUUUCAAUAAAGUAAACUCGGAUGGGGCAUUUGAUUAUGUGCACACUGAGAGUGUUUCGUUACCUUAUUGGCGAGCGAAGAGGGUGCCUAAUGUGGCUGUCACUUGGCAUGGGAUAUGGUAUGAAAUAAUGCACUCUAAGUUACUGCAACAACUCCUCACUGACCCAAAUGGGGAUAUGCUAGAGCCUAUGCCAGAGCUUCAAGAAGCGAUGCCGAGGCUCGUUGAGGAGAUUAGGUUCUUUAAGAGCUACACGCAGCAUAUAUGCAUAAGCAAGAGUGCUGGUGAGGUUCUGGUCAACAUAUAUCAGAUCCCACAGAGAAAUGUGCAUGUUAUACUUAAUGGGGUUGAUGAGACAGAAUUUGUGCCGGACCAUGAAGCGGGUGCAAGGUUCCGAGAAAAACAUGGUGUGCCUGCUAAUGUGAGCCUUGUCAUGGGAGUGGCAGGGCGGCUGGUUAGGGACAAAGGACAUCCACUUCUUUACAAGGCCUUUGCGUCAAUUGUCCAGCGCCACCCUGGUGUGUUUUUGCUAGUGGCAGGAUCAGGUCCUUGGAGAAGAAGAUAUGCUGAAUUAGGAUCAAAUGUCAAGGUUCUAGGAGCAUUGGAACCAUUGGAGCUAUCUAAGUUUUACAAUGCUCUUGAUGUGUUCGUGAACCCCACAUUGAGGCCACAAGGGCUUGAUCUAACACUGAUCGAAGCAAUGCAGAGUGGGAAGCCAGUUCUAACUCCAAACUAUCCGAGCAUAGUUGGGACAGUGGUGGUGAAUGAAGAAUUUGGAUACACAUUUUCACCCAAUGUCAAGUCUUUCGUUGAGGCUUUGGAGUUGGCAAUAAAGGAUGGACCGAAUGUGCUAAAGAGGAAAGGAAUGGGUUGCAAAACUUAUGUGCAUUCGAUGUUCACUGCAACUAAGAUGGCAUCAGCUUAUGAGCGGUUCUUUCUUUGCAUGAAGAACCCAAUAUACUGUCAGUACCCUCUUUCCACUGAUUGUUAGAAGUUGACUCUCAAGUACAUGACUAUAUAUACAAUUUCUAAGCUUAGAUAUUUCUAUGUAUCAUCUGAUAUAGUUACCUAGCCAAAUAAUGUUUUGCCUUGGCAAUAUGA